UAUUGAGAUACAACUGCGAGACGACACACUAUCACAGUGCGGGAGAGGGCCGGGUCUCCAGACACCGUGUGACUCACUACAACUGCCGAGGAGCAGACCUUAGAUGAGUUCACACCGCCCCCACAAUGAAGAUUACGUGUGGUCUAAUCCUGGUCCUAACUGUGGCCACUUCCUGUCAGCAGUCGUGUCAGAUCUUGCCAGCCCCUCAGCUGGGUGGAGUCCGCGCUGACUGUCAGAACCUCAACCUCACGUCUGUACCAGAUAAUCUCCCGCCAAACACGGUCAGCCUGGAUCUCAGCUGGAACAACAUAACGGUUCUCAUUGACAACGCGUUUGUACGUCUUCCCCGACUACUGUCUUUAACCAUUGCAUACAGCCAAGUAUCACGACUGGAAACGAACGCGUUUAAAGGGUUAACCCGCCUUCUCAGUUUACACCUUCAUCACAAUAAUCUCCAGCUUGAUAAUGACACCUAUCCUGAACACGUCUUCAGUCCUCUGCAAAGUCUCACAGAGUUGAACAUUGGUUACAACGACUGCCGCAUCAGCGGAUCAGCACCGGACUGGGUCUUCAAAUGGUUAAUGAAUCUGGAAACACUGACAAUCGACACAUUCCAGUAUGACGUAUUUGGAAGUGGAUUCGGAUAUUUACAGAAACUAGUAACAUUGAACAUUGCAACUGGAGUGGAUGAUAACUGUAUUUAUUGUGCUAUUACCGUCAUACAAAACCAUACAUUUUCCGUUUUCGAGAAUACAUCUGUCCAAGUACUGGAUGUACAAGAUUGCAAACUUAUGACAGUUGAUGUUGAAGCAUAUCUACCCUUCAAACAUAUUUCAAAAAUAGUCCUGGAAAAUGUAAUGACCCUACCAACAGGUCUUGCUGUACGUGCAUUCUUUGGUCUCAAUGGCAAAAACGUAUCUCAAGUUCUCUUGCAAAAAUCCAACAAGUAUGUAAGUCGGAAUCGAAACCUUCAAAACCAGCUGUUAAACAAGGAAACGUUGACUCAUCUGACAGAUAUAUGUAUCGAACAUCUAGAUCUCCGCUAUAACCACAUCCUCUUCAUUGACAGGUCCCUUCUGCCAGUGAUGUCACGUUGUAUAAAAUAUAUAGAUUUGUCAAAAAACAACAUUCUGGGGGACCCAUUCACGUAUUUCGAAAUGCAUGUAUGUAAACAAUUGUUGUAUUUGGAUGUUUCUGAUCAAACUGUAAUUAACCAUCACAUUAAACCCCCUGGAGCAGACAGUGUAACAAAGACUGAGAACAGUCCUUUUACUACCAGGAGGUCCACAACUAGGUCAGUAUCAAACUUGGAAGUGAGUGUGCCCUUCCCCCCAAAUCUUCGUAUCUGUUUAUUAAGGGCAAACAGUGGUCAUUUUGGGAAGUUUUUUAUAACCAGUAUUACAGGGGCUUCCCAUUUAGAAAAACUAGAUCUAUCCUACAAUGGAGCUUGGGGUUUUGUAAGCCCAAUUCAGGGGCUAAAUUUUGUAAAUGAACUCGAUAUUUCAGCCAAUGAGGGAUUGGGGAUGACAGAGGACUUUUUGAAGUCUUUUCCAAAUCUGACGCAUCUCGCUUUGAACAAUAUGCGCUUGGACGAUGACACCCUCAUAGAAGGAGGACCUGUGCUUGAGGGACUAAAGACAAUGCACGCAUUGCGUUACUUAGAGAUUGCGGGGAAUGACCUGCGGUAUAUGAACCUAGGGUCUCUCAGAACACUGAGAAGUCUUAACGUGUCGAGAAAUAACCUAGUGUCUGUCCCUUUUCAAGACAAUGACCUGCCUGACCUGCUCAUUCUUGACAUGUCGGUCAAUUCCAUCACCUUCUUUGACGAUGACACAAUCGAGAUGUUGGAAAAUCUCGGGAAGAAGAACAAGCUCGUUCUGAAGCUGACGGGAAAUCCUUUCUCCUGUUCUUGCAAGUCUCUCGCGUUUGUGCAGUGGAUAUUUUCAUCGUCGGUUACCUUUGACAGCAAUGGGAAUUAUUCAUGUGUUACUGAAUUCGGUGUCCUUACAACAACCAAUACAGUGUACAAAGAGUUCAGUUACCACUGGACUUCAUGUCAAGGUCGCUUUUGGCUUCCUGUGGCCAUUUCGCUGAUCUGUGUCACAACUCUUCUGAUUGUGUGUGCCCUGUUGGUGUCACGGAACUGGACGAGAAUUGCUCAUCAUAUUUUGGUCUUCAUGGGUCGAGGAAUCCAGCGAGUCAACAGACAAGACUUCAACAAAGAUGCAUACAUUGCCCACUCGGAUCAAGAGCUUCAGUUUGUGAUGCAAGAUCUACGCAUAGGCCUGGAGGAAAUACUCGGAUUGAAACUUAUUCUACCCGACAGAGAUUUCCUGCCUGGUCCGUUCGUAGCUGACCAUGUUGUAGAAAGCAUUAACAGGAGCUGGAAGACGGUGCUGGUUGUAUCCGACGAUUUCUUAGAUGACCCCUGGUCCUACUUCAUCAUUAAGUCCACAACCUACUACAUAUCCAACCUGAACCCCAACAGGGUGAUCCUGCUGCUGGUAGGGGACGUAAACCAUGGUCGGCUACCGGAACUGCUCCUGAAUGUAACAGAUGAAGAGGAUAUCAUCCAACUAGACGAUUUCCCCGAUCCCCACAGUGAUGUAUGGGUUCGUGUUAGGGACAGAAUUCUCACUCCAGCAGCUUAGCGUGCAUAUAACACAUGUCAUUGACUGAACCCUUGUAUAUGUAGUGUAACGCAUCUGAUUCUAUAUCAGUUAACUGUGCAUGUAAACAUUGUCAUUGACUAAAACCUUGUAUAUAUAGUGAACGCCACUGCUUCUAUGAUAUCAUUUAAGCCCGCAUAUAAAACAUGUCAUUGACUGAACCCUUAAUAUCAGUUAAGUGUGCAUACAAAACAUUGUCCUCUUGUAUAUAUAGUGUAACACCUCUGCUUCUAUGAUAUCAGUUAAGCGUGCAUACAAAACAUUGUCCCCUUGUAUAUAUAGUGUAACACCUCUGCUUCUAUAAUAUCAGUUAAGUGUGCAUACAAAACAUUGUCCUCUUGUAUAUAUAGUGUAACACCUCUGCUUCUAUAAUAUCAGUUAAGUGUGCAUACAAAAC